CACGAUUGGGUGUUUUAGCGUCUUGUUUUUGGCUAGCGCAGCCACACUAUUUUCCUUCUUUUGCCUUUCGUUUCCGGCGAGCGUUGAUUGUUACAUUCAACAAAAGAUAUGGGUAUUGAUAUCAACCACAAGUACGACCGCAAGGUUCGCAGGACCGAGCCCAAGUCCCAGGAUGUGUACCUGCGCCUGCUGGUUAAGCUGUACCGUUUCCUGCAGCGCCGCACCAACAAGAAGUUCAACCGCAUCAUCCUGAAGCGUUUGUUUAUGAGCAAGAUCAACCGCCCGCCGCUAUCGCUGCAGCGCAUCGCUCGCUUCUUCAAGGCUGCCAACCAGCCAGAGUCUACCAUCGUGGUCGUCGGCACCGUCACCGAUGAUGCCCGCCUCCUGGUGGUGCCCAAGCUCUCCGUGUGCGCCCUGCACGUCACCCAGACCGCUAGGGAGCGCAUCCUGAAGGCCGGCGGCGAGGUCCUAACCUUCGAUCAACUGGCUCUGCGUUCGCCCACCGGCAAGAACACUCUGCUGCUGCAGGGCAGGCGUACCGCCCGCACCGCCUGCAAGCACUUCGGCAAGGCGCCCGGUGUGCCCCACUCGCAUACCCGCCCCUAUGUCCGCUCCAAGGGACGCAAGUUCGAGCGCGCCCGUGGUCGCCGCUCCAGCUGUGGCUACAAGAAGUAAGCGCCUCGCUCAUUGGACGACUGGAUUUGGAAUCCUUUUGGUUAAGAUAUGGAUUUUUCUCGCCAUCGCUUAAGCAGCAUUUGGCAAUAAAGCGGUUUUAUUCCAAAAGGUGAAAACGAA